UGCCCUGUUUCGGGGGAUAUUUAACAUUAUUAAAAUAAAGCAAAUUUAAAAUAGAUUCAGGCAUGUUGAAAGUUUGCCCGUAAAUCGGUUCGCGUAAAUUGGCCGUCACUAACGCUCUUAUGAGGUACGGCUUCCUUGAUAAGCGUUAGUUCGCCAUAUUGGCAUUUAAUCGAUGCUCAUUUUACGGUUUCGUGUCCGUGAGCUUGGAUGCAAAGCAGCGGCGAAGGAGGCCACGAUUAUCGCUUAUUACGCUCCACGAAAACGUUAACGGCUACACAGCAGGCACCGAACCAGUGACACCACGCAGGUCAGCGUUGCUUCACAUCACGCAAAACAUUGUCCCUACAAGUAACGAACCUCAAUGAACCAGUGGAAGGAAGGUCGCCCCAGGAGCUGUAUAGCGGUGCUGCUCCUGUCCAUCGCCUGCGCUGGAGUUGUGCUAGCGAACGAGGAUAUCCUAGCCGGGUUCACGAGGUGUAACAGCAACGCUGGGAUUUGUAUGACACUCGAACAGUGUCCAAACGGCCAGGCAAACGUCGAUGGAGAAGAUAUUCUGGCGCCGCGACUAGGCGACGGUGACUUCGAUGAGUGCAACCAAUACGGAAGGGUGUGCUGUCCCAUUCCAACCGACUCCGUCACAGAGACGCCGGAUUGCGAGGACGAAGAUUGGAGCCAACAGUGCGGUGAAAAGGCUGACGUGGAGGAAAGUAUGGACCUGGUGCAGACCAACCGUUGGGAGUUCCCGUGGAGUGUGGCCGUAUUCAGUAUCAUCGAGAUCGGUAACAGGCGCAUGAAUCAGUUUCUGUGCGGAGGCUCAGUGAUUGAAGAUGGUAUCGUCGUGACAGCUGCCAAGUGUGUCCGCAAUGAGAAAAACUCCACGUUACGGGUACAGUUCGGAAAGUGGGAUUUGACCGAUAGGACAGAACAGUGCGUCCAGGAACUAAGCGUGGAAGAAAUAGUCAUUCACCCGAAGUUCGUUCCUUCCAGCCGGCAGCACAAUAUCGCUCUGCUUUUCUUAGACGACAACGCGCGGCUGGGUCGGUGGGUGAAUCGGGUUUGCUUGCCCGAGCCACAGCAAAACGUGGGCAGCACCGAGCUGUGCUACAUUGUCGGCUGGAAUACUAUUCCCAAAUCGUCCAAUCCGCUCUUCAAGCUCCGAGUGGAGCUCCAGAACCCCCGGGACUGCGAGUCGGCCAUCAGGCGGCACGCAUCGCUCCCUAACUUUAAGUUUCCGGCGGAGAACACCUGUACCGCUUAUUUGGACGAACUGAAGAACCACCCGUGUGCGCGGGCGGAAGGAUCGGGGCUGAUAUGUGAGUCGCCCGAUCGGCGCGGCCAGUUUUUCUUGGUAGGGAUCGCUUCGUACGCCCUACGCAUCUGUCAAAACGUAACCGAAGUAAACGUGUUUGUGAGCAUCAAGCCCUACAAACAGUGGAUCGACAAGCACAUGAAAGAACAUUCGGUUCAACCUUCCUUCUACCAUCCGGAUCCGGUGGUAAGACACUAA